AUGUGGCGUGCGCUCCUUCUGGUGCCUGCUGCGGGUGCCCCUAGCGUGGCUUGCCCAGGGCUGCAGCAGGGCAGCUUACAGGUGUGUGAAAGAUGCGUGCACGACGAUCUUUGCGCGGCGGGGCUGUCAUGCGACAACUUCAUGCAGAAAUGCAUUGAACCAGCAUGGAAUGCCUCCGAGGCUUUGGAAGCCUGUCCAGAGGACCCGGAGCGGCCCGAGACCUGGGCAGCGCAGUGCAAGCUAUCCUGUUCUGACCAGCAGGCGCCGUGGGGGUGCGCAGUCAACCAUUGCCUCAAUGAGGACUUCCCAUGCAAUUGGGUGGUCGGCUGUGGCAUCCCAGCGGGACUUUCCCGAACCAGUCUUGCUUGCUUGCGAGGCUGCAUCGACCACGACGAAAUGCUCAGGACAGCGGGCUACGGGGCCACGACUUGCCCUGAUGUCAUCUCAAAGUUCGGAUGCCAAGGCUUGUGGGCUCCGAUCUCCGAGUUUUGCCCAGUCUCCUGUUCGACAGCAGAAUGCCCCUACCGCUGCAAUCGCGAUGAAGUGGCUAGCGUGGACCAGAAGAGGUGCUGGCAGAGAGUGGAAGACGAUGGCGUCAGCUGCGUAGAUGCCAUCCGCUCUGGUCAGGACUGUCAUUGUAAAUGUGCGAGCAUUUACUUCACUCAGAGCGGUGUGCAAGGACGUGCAAACGGAGGUGCUUUUCAGAUCAGUGAUAUGGUGGAUGGAGUGCCUCUUGCUGUGAAUCGAAAGGCAUUUGCAGGACGUAUGUUCACCAUCGAUUUCACUGGUGAACGAAUGCGGGCGGAAGACCCUGGCAAUUCACAAGGACCUCGAAUGAAAAUCCUCAGAGAAGGUGAUGUCUGCAGCAGAGAUCCGCUGCCAGCCAACUUGACUGGCAUCGAGUGCCGACAGCCGAGCCAAUCUGGACUUUUUACAGGCUGGGUAUGCACGACACCACCCUCUAUGGCCACCGAAUUCUUGCACCGCUGGGGUGGCAUAACCGUGAAUGCAUGUGGGAAGUUCCAGCUGUGCCACUGCAACCAGAUGUGUGACAUAGCGGCCAACUGGGUCCGUGCUGGCAACCUGGAGGUGGAGCCGGUUCUCACUUGGGGCAGUAUGGGCCAACCACUUCCUGGUUGCGAUGCAUACAUUCCAACCUUGCCACCGGCACCUGACCCCGUCGAGCCUGUGGAGAUACUACAAAAGUCUAUUGUCACCAUCUACGUCAGCAUUGACGGCGGUCUGCAGCCACAAGACGUCGUGUUCUCGGCGAUCGCGGCGGCUUUUGCAAGUUACACAUCGAUGAGGUCAAACCUGCUCGGCAAGGUGGUUCCAGAAACAAGCGAUGUCGAGAUAGAGGACUUCGACCGCCCCUUUCGCAGGCUGCACACUGUCAGGAGGGCCGCAGAGUGUGCAGACGACGAUGCGGAAUUCGUGGCCAAGUCCAGCUUGGGGGUGACCAGCUGCGCAGAGGCCUUGACGCUUCUAGGAAACCUGGAUCUACUCUGCUCUGACGAAAGUCUACAAGCAGCAGUCCUGGAUGGUUGCCAGCGCACCUGUGGAAUUUGCCAGCCUUCAGACCAGACUACCAGCACGGAGACACCACUGAGCAGCAGCACGUCCGAAGAGCCCGAGCUGCAGAUCGAUUGGCCUGGCGACAGCAAUGCUUUGCGGCUCAUCGUUCGCAUCACCACGCGCAGCAACCAAGUGCGUGAAGCGGUCACCUACAACCUGGAGCAGGUGAGAAUAAACCAGGGCCCGCUCUUGCAGGUGAUCUACGAGGAGCUGGAGGCCGUGGGGCUAUCGGGCGCCAGUAUACCAGGGCAGAUGUGGGUGCACUUGGCGCUCGGCCCGACGGUGGAGAUGGCACCGCCCGACACCACGACCACCGAGCCACCGCCUGUUUGGACGGCCAGCACAACGAUAGUUGUCGUCCUGGCGAGUGCUCUCGGCAUUUCCGCGCUGAUUUCGUGUUGCGCAGUCGCCUUCUAUAUGUACUACCAGCGCCAAAAGUACGCGGUUGCUGUGGGUACAGAAGAUCAGGAAGUCGUGCAGCGAUCAGAGGGUGGAUACAGGAUGAAAAAGAAGAUAAUCCCUGGCCAAGCUCCAGACACGGAGCCCAAGAAGCCUUCGCGGCUGUCGAAAUGCUGUCAAAGGCUUUGGCCCAAACGACAAGUGCGGCGGAUAGCACCGGUGUCACAGGCAGGCGGUGGGCAGCUCGCUGUAGGCGCGCAUGUCCGACUAGUCGGGCUUUCACAGGCACACUUCAAUGGGCUGGAAGGUUUCAUCACAGGUGGUCCAAACGACAAGGGCCGCUAUUCAGUGGACGUGAUCGUUGAUGACGACGAGAUGACUCGCGAAAUGCAGACUUUGAGCUUCAAGCCUGAGAAUUUGCGGCUGGUGCCACCAGAGAACGCGAACAACAAUCAGGUGCCAGGCCCAGGACGAGGUCCAACAAGCUACCGGGCAGGUCCAUGA